GACACCGCGAACCAUCCACCCGCCGGUCUCAAUACUGAGAUUACGAUUGCCAUCCGUUUCUGUCUGAAUUUCUCCCGUCUCGCCGCCUCUCCUUAACGGGAGUCGUGUCUCCUGCGCGCCCUCCGCCCGCCAAACAUGGCCGAGGCGACCCUCCACAAUGUCCCCAUUGUGAUCGACAAUGGCAGCGGUACGAUUCGAGCCGGGUUUGCCGGCGAAGAGAUCCCGUCGUGUUAUUUCCCCUCCUUCGUUGGUCGGCCCAAACACCCGCGGGUGAUGGCCGGGGGGCUGGAAGGGGACGUAUUCAUCGGACAGCGAGCACAGGAGCUGCGGGGGUUACUAAAGAUCCGGUACCCGCUGGAACACGGGAUUGUGACCGACUGGGAUGAUAUGGAGAAGAUCUGGCACUACGUGUACGAGAGCGAGCUGAAGACGCUGCCAGAGGAGCACCCUGUGCUGCUGACGGAGCCGCCGCUGAACCCACGCAAGAACCGCGACAUCGCCGCGCAGAUCAUGUUCGAGACCUUCAACGUGCCGGCUCUGUACACGUCUAUCCAGGCGGUACUGUCGUUGUACGCUUCCGGGCGGACCACGGGCGUGGUGCUGGACGCCGGGGACGGCGUCUCCCACGCGGUCCCCGUGUUCGAGGGCUUCGCAAUACCGAACAGCAUCCGGCGGAUCGACGUUGCCGGCCGCGAUGUGACGGAGCAGCUGCAGCUGCUUCUACGUAAAAACGGCCAUGUCCUGCACACCAGCGCGGAGAAGGAAGUUGUACGCAUGAUCAAGGAGAAGGUCUGCUACGUCUCGUUAGAUCCGAAGCGCGAGGAGAAGGACUGGCUGAACAGCUACCACAAAUCGGAGGCGAAAUCGAUGGACUACGUCUUACCGGAUGGACAUAAGAUCAAGAUCGGGCAAGAACGCUAUCGAGCCCCCGAGAUCCUCUUCGACCCGGAACUGAUUGGCCUCGAGUACCCCGGUGUGCAUCAGAUUGUCCAGGACGCGAUCACGCGCACGGAUCUUGACCUGCGCAAAUCCCUCUACCUGAACAUUGUCCUCUCCGGGGGCUCAACGCUGUGCAAGAACUUCCCGGACCGAUUAAUGCGUGAGAUCAAGCGGUUGGCAGUAGAGGAUAUGAAGAUCCGGAUCUCAGCGCCGGCAGAACGCAAAUAUACCACGUGGAUUGGCGGUGGCAUCCUCGCAGGACUGAGUACAUUCAGAAAGAUGUGGGUUAGCGCAGACGAGUGGCACGAGGAUCCAGAGAUCAUCCACCGCAAGUUUGCAUAGAUGUCCGUCUCCUAGAACAAGAUAAAUCAAACGAGACGAGCACCCUUCUCGUGUUACGGGAUACCCCGAUGCGAAUCGAGAACCAGAAAGAACCAAGAAAACCCCAUUAGAAAGAACCCCGUUAGCACCCGCCUCGGCUGGCGUGAUAGAUACCCUUGCCUCUUGCAUCUGAAAUUCGUACAUACAUCUCUGUACCUACAUACCUUAUGAACAACCAAUUUAUUCACUUGACAUACUCGGGGUAGAUCUACAUGUAUCAUGUUCAAAUGCUGAUAUUUGAAUAUCUAUUGUUUGAUUCUAUUGUAUACUACCAUACGCAGUCCUUAGUCU